AAAGAAGGAUUUCAAUGUUUUUUGCUCCAAAAGUGGUUGGCAGCCAAGGAGGUAUGAUAGCAGAUAAGGAUGCAGUCAGGGUUCAUGCAGGAGACCAAAGGGAGGAGAGUGCAAGUUCAGGUACCUGUAGGCUAUGUUAAGAGUGUCUAUGUAACAAAGUCGACCUGGUGAAUUCCCUCUCAGUAUAAAAAGAGGUAAAGACCUCCCACUUGCGCCAAAAAAUAGGUUGUUUUGUCCUUGGCAUAACUAAUAGCACACACGUUUAUUUGGUGGUCAAUUGUGGUCGCAAAUCUGAGGACCUGGUUUCGAGACCAAUGAAGGCAAACUAGCAGGAGGAAGCAAUACUGACGAGCAACACAAUGACACCACUUACAUGUAGUAUUUAACAUAUUUUAGUAACCUAAUUAUAAUGUUUGAAAUUAAAAUUUCUAAAUGCAAUAAUUUGAUAGAAUAUUGAUCUUAAGUUUACAGUAGGCUACAGCUUGACUUUUUUUUAUUUAUUCUUUUAUACAUUUUCAGAGAUAAGGGCAGAGUCAGCAUGCAUAGAUGCAGCUGCCAGUGAUGCUGCUGACCAGAGUGAGGACAGUGCAAGUGCAAGUGCAGGUACCUGUAGGCUAUGUGAGGAGUAUUUAUACCAAUAUCUCUAGUCCAGAAUUGUAUAAUAUUCAGCAGUGUAUCCCAGUAUACAUCCUUGCCAGUGCCCAUUAAUUGCAAGUUGUGGCUAGCAGAGUUUUAUUUAAUCAUGUUUAAAAAAGGGGGGAGAAGGAGGCCAUAGCUUUAUUUCGCUUUUUUCCCCUUUUUGGAAAUACAGGUGGCUCAGGGUCAGGGAGCACAGGGAACCUGUUAGGAAAGAAUGAUUUAGGGACACGAGAAACAGGCCCAAAGCAACCCAGACGGGACCAGUACCCCUCCACUAGUUUUGGAAAGCAGCAACGGUCUUUCCAGUACAAAUGGUUUGAAUCUUUUGACUGGCUGGAGUAUUCUUUGAGCAGAAACUCUUCACACUGUUUCUCAUGCAAGCUCUUUGGGAAACACAACCCUAGAGCCAGCAAAGAUGCCCUCCUCAGCAUUGAGGGCUUUAAUAACUGGAAAAGGGCCUUGGAUAGCUACCGAGAGCAUGAGGCAAGUGCUGUCCACAAGUCAUCUAUCCUGGCCUGGAAGAAUUACAGAGCUACGCUAACAGAAGGCGAUGUUGUCGACCAAAUGAAUGUUGGAAAUUCCAGUCAGAUUAGUGAAAGGAGAGAAUACCUGCGGCGCAUUGUGGCCGUCACUAGCCUUUUAGGGAAACAAGGCAUUGCUUUCCGUGGUCAUGAUGAAACCAGCUUCUCCCUGAAUCAGGGAAACUUUUUAGAAGUAAUGAAGCUCCUUGAAACCUUUGACCCCUUCCUCCAGAACUACCAGGCCCCUUCUCAUUCAACAUAUCUAUCUCCUGCCUCGCAGAACAGCAUGAUCGAAUGUUGUGCUGAUGAAGUGACUGCAACCAUCGUAGAAGAGAUCAAGGCAUCGAAAAUGUAUGCAGUGAUAGCUGAUGAGGCAAGAGAUGGCCACGUUGAACAGCUUGCUGUUUGUGUGCGCUAUGUUACAGCUGACGGCGGAGUCAAAGAGCGUCUCCUUGAACUUGUCACCCUUAAGGGAUUGAAUGCACAGUGCAUCACUGACGCAAUUGAAAAUGUAUUGGAGUCGAAUGGCCUUAAUGAUCUCCUGUGUGUCGCUCAGGCUUAUGAUGGAGCUUCCGUUAUGAGUGGUUCAGUAAGUGGAGUUCAAACUCGCUUUCGUGAGAAACACCCAGAAGCAGUGUACGUACACUGCUAUGCUCAUGAGCUGAACCUGGUUCUCUGCCAUACGUGCAGGGCUAUUCCAGAAGCCAGUGACCUGUUUGAGACAUUGGAGAGUGUCUACUGUUUCUUCAGUGUAUCAAUCGUAAACCAUCAGAGAUUCUCUGAUGUCCAGAUGCUCCUGGGCUUGAAGAAGAGUGAGCUUGUCCAGCUGUCAAAAACCCGAUGGGCAUGUCAGGUGAAGUCUGUGAGAGCAAUGCUCAACAAUCUGCCAGCUGUUUUAAAGUGCCUGGAAGAGAGUGCAACACCUCUGGCAGUCGGAUUACUGUCAAAGCUGUCCAGGUUUUCAAAUGUCUACCUGCUGUUCAUGUUCCGGAGUAUGCUGUCAACUACAGAGGGGCUGCACCUGUACCUUCAGAAGUAUUCUGUUGACUUGGCCCAAGCAACACUCUUUAAAGAUGCAGUCCUUGACACACUGAAAUCCAUCCGAACCAAUGAAAUGGCAGACAAGCUUUACAAUGAAGCAAAACACAUCUAUGAUGCCAACAACAUAUGUGAGAGACGUCACAGUGGUCGCAGGCACAAGCAGAGGGUGAUGGAGGACUUUACAAUAGAGUCCACCUUGGUGUACUGCGCCGUGUCCACACCUGGCUGA